GGCGAUGGGCGGUGAUGAGUUUGGUGUCUUGGAAAGCAGUCACAGCUCAGUACACUUGGAUGCUUUUAUGCUUCUCGAGGAGAGGCUUUCAAGGGACUCAUAAUCUGGGCCGCUGGACAACAACGAUUACAACGGCGACAACAACCUUGACGAACCUUCCGUCUCCAGACAGUUCUACAAACGCUCUGCCGCAUCUGCACGCCCCACGGCUCAAGGAUUGCUCGCCGAGCUAGCCAAGAAGCACUCUCGCUUCUGACCAGUCCUGGAGCGGAUUCAACGGCACGACUGGUUGGCACGGGAUAUAUUGUACGAUCGUCACGGGCCCUACGGCGAGGCGUCCUCAUCGUACCGCGAGCUUUGCCGCGAUCUCCUCCAAGCCGCGUCUCGUCUGAAUCCAGAGGACUCUCUUCAUCUCAUCUGGUGCCGCCGCAUGGGCGUCUCCGAGAAUCGCAUACCGGGCGGGAAGCUCCGCUCGAACCGCAUCAUGCGCUGCUCGGUCAGGGAGUGGGAUAUCCCCACGGCGGCGGCCGACCUGGAGGAGCUAUCGUCGUGGAUCACUGAGGAGAAGCGCUUGCUCUCAUCCAUCCGCCACGGAUCCGAUGGCUCAGUCUACCGCUUCUCGGCCGCCGCGUCGUCCAUCCGCUAUCUAGAGUCCAUCCCCGCCGCCAUGCGCGCGCAGCUCCGCAAGAUUGUCCUCGUGGAAGACUAUCGCUCCGUGACGCAUCCGGAGAGCCACGCCCGAGGCCUGAUCCCUUUCUGCCGGGAGAACCCCCUCCUGCAGUUCGAACGUUGCGUGAACCUGUGGCGGGACCUCUUCCAGGUGGACAAGAGGUGGCACACGCCCCACCAGCAGUGUGAGCAUCAGAACCGGGCAGUGCGAAGCCGCGUGGCAGCGGGCGUGGACUGAGUCCAUGGACCGGGGCCUCGUGCUCGUCCACCCGGUGCUGGACUGAUUCGAGAGGCGGGGCGAGGACGCGGGUAGGGCG